UGCUUAACUUAUUCAACUAGUUACCUAGCCUACCUCUCGUUUUUUUCUUUUUUAAUCUUCCCUUCUCACACUUGAACGUUUUUAAUAUAAACACCAAGCCUUCUCACUCAGUUUUACUUCUUCCGUGUGAUUGCUAGCUGUUGAUUGAGUCAUUUUUACUGCCUUUGUUUGCAUGUGCUCUUCUCCUCUUCCUUCCUCUCUCUCUCUCUCUCUCUCUCCCUCUCUCUCUCAUUCUUGAAUGUACUAGUAAUAAAUAAACACCCUUUUUUGGGCUGGUUUCUUUUCAUCGUUUGAUUCAACCUUAAGGUGAAAUAAGCGAGCUGUUUUGAUCCCACCAUGUUUCAUCCAUUAAUUAAUGGAGUUUGCUAAUUAGAUUCUACAACUUAUAAUCCCAGUUUGGUUGAGGUCUAAAACUCGAAAACAUGGCGCCCGACAACAACUGGCUCUCUUUCUCUCUCUCUUCAAUGGAAAUGCUCAACUCCUCCUCCUCAUCUUCUUCUCAGCCUAAUGAUCCCCACCAUUACUAUUCCUUCGGAGAUAACUUCUACACAACUGGGUGGCCGAACCACAAAGGCGCCGGCGCGAUGUACGCGGAAGCCGACAAUCAGCAUCAAGUGAAGGAGCAGCAGCAACACAACGCCGCCAUUUACACCAGCUACAUGCAGCAGCCGCCCCCUAAGCUGGAGGACUUCUUCGCCGGCGGCGGCGACUCCACGGAGACCCAGGAUUCUUCCCUGACCCACAUCUACGACCACCACCACGCCGACGGCGGCGGCGCCUACUUCGGCGGAGGCGAGCAGCAAGAUCUGAAAAGCAUCAUCGGGUUUCAGGCCUUCUCCGCCAACUCGGGCUCCAACGUCGACGACUCGGCCUUCGCCGGGCAGACUCAGUCGCCGGUUGAGUCCGCCACCGAGUUGGCGGCCUAUUCUCACUGCCCCGUCACCGCAACCGCUAAUGGCUUGUCUCUCGACGUCAACAUUAACAACGACAACAAUAAAGCUGUCGUCUCCACGGAUUCCGACAGCUGCAAGAAAAUCGCGGAUACAUUUGGUCAGAGAACUUCGAUUUACAGAGGUGUCACUAGACAUAGAUGGACAGGAAGAUAUGAAGCGCAUCUAUGGGAUAACAGCUGUAGAAGAGAGGGCCAAGCAAGAAAAGGGCGUCAAGUUUAUCUUGGCGGAUACGAUAAGGAAGACAAGGCAGCGCGCGCUUAUGAUUUGGCUGCUCUUAAGUACUGGGGUCCAACUGCUACUACUAAUUUCCCGAUCUCCAAUUACGCCAAAGAAGUGGAGGAGAUGAAGCAUAUGACUAAACAAGAGUUCAUUGCCUCACUAAGAAGGAAAAGCAGUGGUUUCUCAAGGGGAGCAUCAAUCUACAGAGGUGUUACAAGGCAUCAUCAACAAGGCCGAUGGCAAGCAAGGAUCGGCCGCGUUGCAGGGAACAAAGAUCUCUACCUCGGAACAUUUGCAACUGAGGAGGAAGCAGCAGAGGCAUACGACAUAGCUGCGAUCAAAUUCCGAGGAAUAAAUGCGGUAACCAAUUUCGAGAUGAACCGUUAUGACGUUGAGGCCAUCGCCAAGAGCCCUCUCCCCAUCGGCGGGACAGCUAAGCGGCUGAAGCUCUCUCUCGAGGGGGAGGAGAAGGCGGGGCCUCUGGGCAGCAUUCUUCAAACUCCGUGCAACAGCAGCGGCAGCAGCAUCAGUUUUGCCGCAAUCCAGCCGUCCUCGGGCAUUCCCUGUGGCGUGCCCUUAGAUAACUCGACACCAUUCUACCACCACAACCUCUUCCACCACCUCUACCCCAACAAUCCAGUGGCCUCCGACACGUCCAGCUCCGUGUCGUCGAUGAACUUGAUGCCGACGCCAGGAGAGUACUUUGUCUGGCCUCAUCACACCUAUUAACAUUAUUGACAUGCUUAGCUACCUACAGUUAGCCAAAGAUACUACUGGUCUUCUACUAAUGUUUAACCUGUAGUUGCUAUUGGAGGGGAUUCGUUGUCGACUGAGUGCCGCUCGCUCGUCGUCGUCUGACCUGAUAUAAAGCUUUUAGGAUUAGUGUUGUGACCAUGGCCGGAAAAAGAAAAAGGAAGGUUUUAGUUUCUAGGUAGAAGCUGGGAAUAUGUGGUGUAAGUAGCUUUGUUUUUUUAGAUGAAAUGUUGAAUGAUGCAGGAGCAGUGGGUGUGGAUUAAUUUUCAACCGGUUUUCCACUGCCAAAUUCUGCUCCUGCGAUCACUCAAAUUUUGCUGCAGUUUUAGCAUAUAUAAAAAUCACACCAAAUAUAUAUUAUCUAAUUCUUGAUUUUUGAUU